UCCCGCCCGCGAGGCGAGGCGAGGAGGCGCGGUCGGCUGUAGCCGAGCCUGGUUGCUAUAGGCGAGUUUGGCGGCCCGGUUGCUAAAGGCGGAGCCGAGCGCGGCACGUCGCUCCGAGACGUGCCGGGGCUUUUUGCGUUGUUAGGCGGAAGUCCGCGGCGCAACCCCCGGCCUAAGAAGAAGAAGAAGAAGAAGAGGGAAAGAAAGAAAGGAAGGAAGGGACCCGGAUGCCGCAAGUAUGGAGUUCCCUUUCGACGUGGACCUGCUCUUCGGCGAGCGGAUCGCGACGGUGGAUCAGCAUUUGCAGCCGUCGGGCAGAAAGGGAGCCGGGCUCACUGCCACUCACAGAGCUGAUAUGCAGCAGCAACUCAUGAAGAUCAUAGAUGAGAUGGGCAAAGCCUCUGCCAAGGCCCAGAAUUUGCCAACUCCAAUCACCAGUGCCUCACGGAUGCAAACCAACCGCCAUGUGCUCUACAUCCUGAAAGACAGUGAAGCAAAAAUGGCUGGCAAAGGGGUUAUAAUUGGCUUCCUCAAAGUUGGUUACAAAAAACUCUUUGUAUUGGACCGUCACGGGGCUCAUAAUGAAGUGGAACCUCUGUGUGUGCUGGAUUUCUACAUCCACGAGUCUCUUCAGCGGCAUGGCUAUGGCAAGGAGCUCUUCCAUUACAUGCUGCAGCGAGAGCGUGUAGAACCCUAUCAAUUGGCAAUCGACCGGCCAUCAGAAAAACUUCUGUGCUUCCUGCGUAAACACUAUAGCCUCAGUGACACAAUCCCCCAGGUGAAUAAUUUUGUAAUUUUCCAGGGCUUUUUCAGCCACCAGCAUGCCCCAGCAAGGAAACUGCCUCCAAAGCGCUCUGAGGGAGACAUAAAACCAUAUUCGCUGUCGGAUCGAGAAUUCUUGAAGGAAGAGGCUGAGCCACCUUGGCCCUUCAACCAGUCCCGGGCACUGACUCGCUCUAGCAGUGUGGGGAAUUCUCCGGUGCGAGGCUGCCUCAAACCUUUUCUCAACGAGCAAGAGCUGCUGAAGAACUUGCGUCUCUGUCCCCCACACGCAGCUGCCCAACACCUGAUCAAUGGUGAUCCGGGCAACCUGCUUUCACAGAGGCGGAGAACCAGCUCCCUGAACCGCUCUGAAAACAGCCACUGAUCGCCAGUCUCUACUAUGUCUCCCCAACCAUUGGACCUCUACUUUUUAGCAGCAAGAUUUGAAUUUCAUCCAGUUUCUUCAUCCUCUUCUUUUUAAUAAGCUUUAUGGGUACAGCCUAUAAGGAUGGGCAUAAGCCUAUAAGGAAGUGGGUUUAUUUAUAUAUAACAUUGGGUGUGUCUAGAUUUCACUUUUUUAACAUCACGGUUUCCAAAAGUGCUUAAGAAGUGGAACGUAAUUGCGAUUUGGAUGAGCGAAUUCUCCUACUUGAUUAUUUGCCUCUUAGAUCCAACUAUUUAUGAAGAUAUGCUUUAGUUCCUAAAUGGUUUAAGUUUACAGGAAAUGAUUAGUACUGACUUGUUACCCGGCAUUAUGGUAAUAUAAACAGAUGCCUGCUACAGCAUGGAUUUUGCCAAUGACCCCCACCAUGACUAACUUAAUUUAAUCUAAAUUAGAUUAAAUUAGAGGGCACCCAAGUCCAGAUGAUUCUAGGUGCCUUAGAUUAAAAAAAAAAAAGCAAGAACGAUAAAAAUGAAACAGAAUACAAAUGUCCAGAAGGGAAACCUAGAACCCAAAGAUGGAAAGGGUAAAUUAGUUGUCAGCUAUAAAUUAUUGUUGAUCUUUUUGGAAGCCUGGUAGCCAAAGGAGUACUCUUAUAUUGUAUCAGAUGUGGGCCAGAUGGUUUUUACAGUAAAGGUUUUAUUUAAUUUAAUUAAUACUGAUACUAUUGCUACUCUGUGGAUGAGGGCCAUUUCUAGUGUUGGCUUUAGAUCUUGAAGAUAAUGUAUGUUGUUCUUUCAGAGAGUUGAAUGUAAGUUAGUAGAGGCAUUGGUACAUGUGUUGUUGUCUCUAGUAAAUGGUUUCAGAGAGUUUGUAGCAGGUUGGAAACCUGCCGGCUUUUACUUGGUUGUUAAUAGAAAGUGUAGAGGGAUCUUCUUAAGUUAAGAUCACAAAGGAUUAUUUCUCAUCAGAUUUUGAAUGAAAACAAUUAAGGGAAUAAUUGAAAUCUUAGCAAAUUGUCAUUGAGCUACUAUAAUAUUAAUAUUUCAGUGUGGUUUAUUUAUAUGCUGUUCUGGUGUUUGGCAAGUGAUCUAAACCAAAGACCUUUGGUUUAGGAAAAGAUGUAAAAAUGAUUCUCCAUAGGAUCUUUGAUUCAAAAAUGAACCAUGGAAAUGAGAAAAAACAGGUAUAAGAGGGCAAUGUUAGACUAAGUAAGUUUAAAUUUAGUUUAAAUUUAGAUACAUCAAGGGAAAUUUAGAUUCCUGACCAAGAAACACUGCUAGAUUCUGUCUUUCUCUAUAAUCAUGUCAUUCUCUUUCUCUUCGUCUCACUCACUUUCAAUCACACGUAUUCAGAAUCUAAUGAGAAAUAUUCUUUAACAAGUUUGCCUUGGUCGGUCUUGAAAAUACCUUUGGACCCUUUAAAUGGGGCUGCGUUAAAGCAUAUGGCUGGUAGUCUUUUUUUUUUUUUAAAGAAAGAAGCAGAAGUUUACCCUUUUCAUUAGGUCUGCAGCAAAGUUCGCUAUUUAUUAUAAAACCUAGUUGCAUUUAAGUACUGUAAGAUUUUCUCUUGGGCUUGGUACAUUGGAUUUUGGUACCAAAAUUUACCAUUGAGUUCUCUGUCAUUAAGACUAAUGGUGAUAAUAAAUCAUGUUCAUUGUCUUAGGAUCUGGUGGAAAAACCAAGCAUGUGUCAUGGUCUGAAUGGGCAGCCUUGACCCCUCUCAGGCCACAUGUGAACUCUGUUUUUCAAACCUGCCAAACUCUGCAAGAAUCAUUAAAAAUCGGUGUCAUUGUAAUGUAGUACUUAAAAUAGGCUGGAUAUAGUUGCAAAGCCAGAACAGAUGUCUCAGUUCUGAUCUAAUGCUAGGAGGGUUGGAGUUAGGAGGGCUGCAUUAAAAUACAUACUAAGGGUCUUCUGGGCUCCAGAAUGUGCCAGUGGCAACGUAAAGAUGGGAUGGGAGUGAGAGGAAGUACACAAAAUGCUCUAGACCAGCGGUUCUCAACGUGUGGGUCGCGACCCUGUUGGGGGUCGAAUGACAAUUUGCCAGGGGUCGCCCAAGACCAUCGGAAAUAUGGGAAGUAUACUUGCGAGUCGAAGAAUCGUGAAUUCGGCUUCAGGCACAAUGAAUUAAAAAAGAGAGAAAUCUUUGCUCUUGAUGUCUCCCUCUCAAGCCAGCUGCAACCACUCCCAAUCGCUAGCCUAAUCUGGAUUCAGGCGCAAUAAAUUUAAUAGGGGAGGAGUCUCCGCUUUAAUGCCUCCAUCCUCAAGGCAAUCGCAAGCACUUCAGAUCGCUAGCCAAUACGGCUUCAGGUGCGAUAAAUUCAAAAAAACAGUUUGCCGCUUUUCCCCCCCUUCUGUUGAGGCGCGCUGAGAUCACUGCCAAAAAAUAAAUAAAUUACAGUUGGGGUCACCACAUCGUGGGGAAUUGUAUUAAAGGGGUCGCAGCACUAUAAAGGUUGAGAACCACUGCUCUAGACCAAGUCCAUCUUGUAGUGUUACUGUGUCGAUAGCCAGAAAUUCUCCAAAUUAGAUACAUUUAACCAGACGCCUAGGAGUUUAGAAAGGGUCCUCUUCAACUAAGAGCAGUGUUUCUCAACCUCAGCAACUUUAAGCUGUGAGGACAACCCCCAGAAUUCUGGUGAGGAGCUCUGGGAGUUGAAGUCCACACAACCUAAAAUUCAGAAACACUGCUUCAGAUAUGUCCUUCUCCCUGUUAUAAGAUUUCCUUAAAAAUCUUCGCCAAAAGCUCUAAAGGCCCAGUUGACAAUGCUAUUCCAUUUCUCCCUCUCUCUCUCUCUCUCUCUCCCUCCCUGCUGUUCUUCACAUGAGUAUUUAAGAAGGCCUCCUUUGUUGUAAUUGGAGAUGGGAAAGAGAGAGGAGCCAAAAUAGAGUUUAUUAUAACUGACAUGAAACCUACGACAGGGUUGCAAAACUGUGGUUUGUGUACAGGUCAUUCCUUUGGCCCCAGAGCCUUCCAGAUUGCGGGAGCCAAAGAAUUUGACCCUUUGAGCAUUUUGCUGGGAUUAGAGAAAGCUGAGGACCAAGUGACUACUUUAAGAAAACUAAGAUAUCGCAUUCUCCUCUUAACACCCACCUCACAAAAUGAGGCUCUUAGGUAAUUUGUCCCUUCAUGAGCCAUGUAAAGUCAGGUAUGACCCUUUUGUUGGUGGACGUUACAUGCCCAUGAAUCUUCAUUAUUUGCUACCUUCACUUCUGUUUUGACUAUAGAUCCAUUUCUCUUGAGAGUCAUGCAAAGACCUUUGCAGAGUAGAGUUGAACAUCUUUCCAUAACUCUUGGCUAUACUUGGAGACGACUUAGAGAGCCAGUUUGGUGUAGUGGUAAACAUGCUGACCUAGAAGUCAGGGGACUGUGAGUUCUAAUCUUCCCUUAGGCAGGAAAACUGACAGGUGAUUUCGAGCCACUCAUUCUUUUUCAGCCCAACCGUCCUCACAGGGUUGUUGUGAGGAAAAUAAUAACAGCAAAAACAACAUCACGGUGGUCCCAGGAGGCCAGAAUUUUUCCUUUAAUUUGCAAUUCCGUUGGAUUUAACAGUGUAUGUUAAGCUUGUUGGGUGCUUAACAUACGUAUUUCCUUUCACAUGCCACUGAAUUUGCCACAGCCUAGGAAGAAUGAUAGAAUACAGGUAGUUCUCGCCUUACGACCAUAAUUGAGCCCAAAACUUCCAUUGCUAACAGAAACGGAAUGACGUGAGUUUUGCCCCCUUUUGUGACUUUUCUUGCCUCAGUUGUUUUAAGUGAAUCACUGCAGUUGUUAAGUUAGCAACACGGUGGUAAAAUAAAUCUGGGUUCUCCAGUGACUUGGCUUGUGACCCUGAGAUUCUGCAACCAUCAUAAAUAUGAGCCACUUGCCAAGCGAUCGAGUUCUGAUCACGUGACCACGGGGAUGCUGCAGAGGGGUUGUAAGUGAAAAAUAAUCAUGUCACUUUUUUCAGUGCCAUUGUAACUUCAAAAGGUCACCAAACAAAGCGUCGUUAAGUCGAGGACUACCUGUAGAAGGUAAGCUUUGAACCACGUGGGUCCUAUGGCUUGUACAGAAUGAAGCCCCAGCCAUUAAUCUAAUCCAGGGGUCUCCAAACUUGGCAACUUUAAGCUUUGGCGGACUUCAACUCCCAGACUUCCCCAGCCAGCAAAGUCUGCCAAGGCUUAAAGUUGCCAAGGUUGGAGACCCCUGAUCUAAUCCAUAAACUCUAAAGGAAAUACAAAGUGCUAAAUUCUUUGCUGUUUCAGCCCAGUGCCAUUUUCUUGUCUUUCUCUGUUUUGUGGUCAGUUGCUUGUGCUUAGAUGUUGUCUUUUAAAUGUUAUUCUGCCUGUGAUAGAUUAUUGCCCUUUGGUCAGCCCCCAACACUGUUGAGGUGUUUGCUUAGUAGGUCAAAAGGAUGUUUUUGGGUGGUUUCAACCUAGAACAGUUGCCGUGCUCCUCAAAAGCAGGAGAGGUUGAAACUCUCAGCUUCGUUUUCAGAUCUGAACUGAAAGAGGUUUUGGGAAUUCGGAGAAGGAAAUGAAAAAUUAGGAGCUGAGUCCAUAUUUGUAAGCACGGAACGGAGAAUUGGUAAGGUAGUGUCAAGAGGAAGCUGUUAGGAGUCAGGUGUGGAAAACAGAGAAUUGUUAUAUUAUAAUCAAAUGUUCUGUUUGUUAUAAGGAAAGGAAAACGGGGAAGCAAAUGGGUGCCAAGUUCAUUCAAACACUGUGCCAGGAGAGGAAAAAUUGGUCUAACAAAUACAUAAUUGGUUAGCUUUCUCGGUAUGGGUGGUACUUGUACUAACCCUCCCUAUCCUGUCCACAGGAUAGCAAACUCCGCAGAUGUGUUUGCUGUGCCAGCUGGGAGUACCGUAGUGGCCAUUGUAGUGUAGGGCCAGAGGGUGUCAGGUGGAAGAACAACCAAGACGCCAUCUAACACGUCUGGAUGUGUUAGAUUGUGAGAACAGCUGUGUUGGCUUGAGAUUCUGAGGAACCGAAGGCCAUCAUUUGGAGGGAACUGGUUUGAGAAAAGUUGCGUUAUGGAACCAGUUAGGAAUAUUGGAAAAAAAUAUUGGUAACAGGACGGGAGGAGUCUUAGGCUGAAAUCCCCAUUCAGUUAUGAUGCCUGUUGGAUGACCUGGGUCAAGUUAUUUCUCCGUUAGCCAGAUUUCCUCAUCCUGCAAGGAUGAAACAAGCGGGGAGAUCUAUGCUCUGGGAUCUUUCCAAGCAGCUUGGGGAAAGGUUGAGCUAAAAAAAAAUGUAAUUCUGAUUUCAAGUCGGGAUACUAAAAUCCUUCUUGCCUUUGAACAGUACUAAUUUGUUCUCUCGGUUCUUGUAUCUUCCUGAGAUUUUUUAUCAGAGUUCAUUUUUAGGCUUGUUUUUGCCCCGGUGCCAAUAUAUUUGCUCCCACUACUUAUUUAACAAAAUCCCGGGGGCUCUGAAUGAUUAAUCUGAAGCCAAAUGCCGCCGCCUCCCCUCCUUUUGAGUUGACCAUCACUUCCUCUCAGAUCAAGCACCUGAGUGACACUGAGCUUCGCCAUCUAUACCAGGGGUGUCAAACUCGCGGCCCGUGGGCUGGAUGUGUCACGCGCUGGCCACACCCACCUCCGGUUUAGUGAAGGGGGAAAAAGUCACGAUACAUCAUGUGACGACAAUGUAACGCCGCACGUUCGACACCCCUGAUCUAUGCUAGAAACCCGGAGAACUAGUCUGUCAGGGACAGGGCAUGAUACUCAAAGUCAGAAGACUUGGUGCUGAGAACAAAGCACAAAGAGAAUACUGCUAUCUGUUGAAACCAUGCUGGUUUCCCCAUUUUUCAAAGCAUCCGACUGGGCCCUCCCAACAAACUCAUUUGAUCCAGUAUUGCAUUUCUCACGUCUUCCAUUUUCCCGAUGGAAGAAACUUGGAAGUCAACAUCGUAGCCCCUUGAGAAGGAAGUCAGGUUGGCAGCCAGAACUGUGUCUGCGAUCCUCAACCCGGUGGCAGCCUUUACUGAAGGUUCUUUGUAGAACACCAUAAGCUGGACUUCCCCAAUACCUGCAAAAGUUUUAACCCAGUUCCCAUGAUUCCCCAUGUGGGAAGGUUGCAGUAGAUGUCAACUCUGUUCAUUUGUGGAGAACUCUUUCUCGCACUCUGCCCCUUCCCCACUUUUCCCUUUUUUUUGGUCCGGCAGUUUUCCAGCAGCCUUUUUUUCACCACUUUCCCUUCUUGGUCCCCCAUCCCUUCUGAUCAAAACAGCCAAGAUCCUGACUUGCCUUUGGCUGUUUAGUGUGUGGCGUGAUCGAACAAUGAACUUUUGUUUACAUUUCAAUAAUAAUAAAGUUUGGAUUUUUUUAAUGUUAUAAUGUGUGGUUUUGUCUUUUUGUCACUAUCUUCUGGGGGAAACGUUGCUAUACUUCUGUGGCCCACUUCUCCAAGGCUCACUCUUCCAAUACAUGAAUGGGCCCAUUGAAGAGUUGGAGAAGAUGGGCUAAUAGAAGUUUUAUUUUGUUCUGUGGUCAUUAGCAACCUUUGUGGGUUUGCUCCGUUCUUAUUAAAUGCACUCUCUUGGGGUGGUCUUUUGUGUAACACUUGUUGCAGAGUCACAGAAGGACGAACACAGAUGGAGAUCUGUUGGGACUCCACAGGAAGUUUCAAACUCAAGAAAUUGCUAGCAAUGCCAAUAGCUUAGCAUUGGGGAUCCCCUAAACUCCACUGAAGAUGUUGCCUAGCCUGGUAACAAAACGGAAACCAGCCCACAAGCUCGGAGAACAAACCCUCAUCCUACACCCAAGCUACAGAUAUUGCAAUGCCAAUAGCAUUUAGGCUUAACAGAUUAAGGACCUUGCAGGUCAUCUAGUCCAGCCCCCUGCCCAAGCAGGAGACCCUACAUCUGCCUCUACCUAGGAUUGAACUCACAACCUCCUGAUUGUGAGGCAAGAGCUCCACCUCUAGGCCCCAGCAGCUGUUUUAUAUGCUGCUCUUGCCCCAUAGCACUUUACAAUUUUCUGUGGGAGGUUUACAAUGCCAGUGUUGUUUGCAUAUCGCCCCCAACAAUCUUGGUCCUCAUUUUACCAACUUUGGACAGAUAAAAAGCUAAGUCAACCUUGGGCCUUAUCAAGAUCCAACUGCAGGCUGUGGGCAGAGCUUG